AUGAAUGGCGACCCACUAUUGAUUGAGCCCGACGGGGUUGCUUCUUUCAUUGCGCUUGGAGCAACAGGGGCGGUCUUCCAGGACAACAACGGACAACAUAUUGAAUCUAUCUCGGAAUUAUGCAUUGACCGCGAAAAGUUCAUUUAUCAAACUCUACCCAAGAGUCCUUACAUCCUCGACUGUCUCGAUAUUGAGGCUAAAGGCCUUCGUUUUCAGCAUUACCAGCUUGGAAACCUCCGCGAUUAUUUACAGAGCAACGAAAUUGAUGACAAUAUCCGAGACCGAUGGAUUAGGAAUACUAUCGACGCUGUUGCUUUUAUACAUGCCUAUGGUGUUAUCCACGCUGAUAUCAGCCCACGUAACUUUCUCGUGGCCGACGAUCUGUGGAUCAAACUCUGCGGCUUUGCUGGAUCAGUGAUCGGAGACUUGCAGCCGUUGGUUGAGGAUGAGGAAUGGUAUCGAAUUUCUCCAUUGUCCCCACGAACUUCCAAGACUGACUUGUUUGCACUGGGCUGUCCGAUCUAUGAGAUCUCAACUGGGAGCCGCCCAUAUGACGAGAUCAAAGAUACCGACGAAGUGAAAAGCCUUUACAGUGCAAGGAUAUUUCCGGAUGCUGAUGGUCCCAUACACCAAAGCAUCAUCUACAAAUUUUGGACUUCCCAGUACUCUGAACCGAGCCAACUUCGGCGCGAUUUCAGCCGUAAUGAGAGCUCGGAACGUUGUCAAGAAACGCCUGUGACUCUAUGGUAG